AUGCCGAGGAUGAAGCACAUGCGGAGGCGGGAACAAUGCAACAAAUCGGUGUCUGUUUACAUUAUCCACAGACAUUGUCUGGUUGCCUUGUUUACGUGCAAGCGCUACUGUCUGGUCGCCCUUCAACCUCCUGUCGCGUCUCAAAAGGGGGAGGGGGAGGCGGAGAUGGGGAAAGAUCAAAGCGGGUCGGUUGGUGCUGUCAAUAAGAGAGGAGGGCGGACACUCCACUCUCCGCGGUGCUCGAGGGUGGCGGAGGCGGAAGAACGCACCUCCAAGCCACCAAACGCCUACUGGAAGAAUAGGGAGCUCCACGUCCGCACCAGUGACGCCUCUGACCUGUCCAUUUGUCUACUCUCGUCGAAGCUGGGGCGGGAAUGGUGA